GUACCGCUUUUCCGAUUCGGAUUUCAAAUUUAACGUAAACUCCAAAAUUGUCGACGUUCAAACAGGAAAUAUGCUAUUCUUGUCUCUAUGCAAUACUUCAGUGGUAAUUCUGUUGAUUUUCGUUAUGCAGAUCAUCGUUCGAUCAGUCAGGCACUUUUGUCUGACCCAUGCAAAUUUCGGUACGGAGAAAUCCCUCCUGGCCACUCUUCGCAAGAGAACCGGCUACACCUUCGCCAACUGCAAAAAGGCCCUCGAAAUACACAACAAUGACCUAAUUAAAGCCGAAAAUUGGCUCAAGCAGCAGGCGCAAGCCAUGGGAUGGUCCAAAGCUACUAAAUUAGAGGGCAGGCAAACCACUCAAGGCCUAAUCGGAGUAGCCGUGGAAGAGAAUAAGGGCGUACUAGUGGAGGUUAAUUGCGAAACCGAUUUCGUAUCAAGAAAUCAAGAGUUUCACAGCGUAGUCCAGGACACUCUAAAUGCUUGUUUGUCUUAUCUAAAAAAGCAGAGCGUGCAAGGGAAACUAACGAAAAUUUGUUUGGAUAGCGAGCAGCUGAAAAAUUUGAAACUAGACGAUGGGAAAUCCCUGGCGGAUCGAUUGGCACUAAUGAUCGGAACUGUCGGUGAAAAUGCCUCGUUGAAACGCGCGAUGUGCAUUAAAACAGCCCCGGAAAUUCGACUGGCUGGUUACGCUCAUCCAUCGAGCAACGAUGAUAAAACAUGCCAACUAGGUAGACUCGGAGGGAUCCUAGUGUACAAAGCAAUCGAAGAAAACGAGAAUACCAACGCUAUCAGUAGAGGAAUUUGCCAGCAUAUUGUUGGUAUGGAUCCGAAGAAGAUCGGUAUGUCUACCGAUGAACCGGUGGCGAAUAAAGAUGAUGAAAUAUGUCUCAUCCAUCAGGAGUACCUCCUCGAUGAGAGUAUGACUGUCAAAGAGAUCCUCGAGGAGAACAAAUUGGAGGUUAUCGAUUUCAAACGGUUCGAAUGCGGAGAAUGUUCGAAAGCAGCCAGAGAUCAACUUUUAGAAUACGUAGAAACUUGCCAGUAAGGCGUUUUAGUUUAUUUUUUUAACUAUAUUAGCUAAGUCGUUGUCGAAAGUAAAUUAAAACGUAAUGUCUA